AUCCAGCCUCACAGUCUAUGAUCGAGAUACUAGCCGCAUGCAAACUCAUCUGUCUCCUUGGUCAUACAUUUCUAUUUCUAUUCGAUAAAGAAGAUUUGAAGGCUUGAGCGCCUCUUUCUGUUUUGAAACUAGUAAUGCCCAUCACUUUAGAUCUUCUGAUAGGCAAACCAAUUCCUAUGGUGCCACAAGUUGCUGUAGCUACUACGUCAUAUUUGUCUAACGCAAUGGCCACAUAAGAAAACGUGAAGCUCUGUAUGGCCUAUAAUACUUCUAGCUUUAGGGGUACAUAAGGGAAGGGGCUUUAAUGCAUAGAGCUGCCUGACCUAAGGCUAACUUGUCGAGCUUAGCUUGUGACGGUAAACAAAAGAAAACAGUGACGUGAUACAUUUUGACAUAUUCAUCAUCCUUCAUCAUCAUACAUUUCUUAAAAUUCCACUGACUUUUCUCUCCCGUGCCAAACAAAACCAUUUCAAUUCCUUCCAUCCUUCACGAUAUUCAUCAUAGUUCGACAUACUUAAUUCUUCUACAAUAGAACAAAUACCUAACCGUCAUGAGGUGGCUUUCAACCGUCCUCUCCCUUGGCCUGGCGGCUGAUGCCGUCGUGGGUAGCAGCUGGUUUAGUAAAGCUGCAUACAACAAGUGGCAUGAGACCGAACUAGAACGAUGGCUGUCCGACAAUGAUAUCCCCUAUCCUACACCGGCUGAUCGAAAAGAUCUUGAGAUCUUGAUUCAGAAAAACUGGGAUUCCUACGCCGUCUCCCCUUAUAAGAACUGGGACACGGACAAGCUUAUAGCAUACCUUAAAACGAAAGGUGUAGAGACUAAAGACUCUAUAAAGUCGAACAAGGAUUCGCUCGUCAACCAGGUAGCGAAUGCUUGGUACGAGACGGAAGACAAAGCCCAGACGGGCUGGACCAGUGUCCAAGAAUGGAUCUUCGAUACCUGGACUGACAGUGCUCUAAAGGCGUUUGCCGACAAACAUGGCAUUCCAGUCCCUCAGCCACGAACCCGUGAUACUUUGCUUCAGAAGGUCCGCUCUAACUACGAGGCCAUAGCGAAGAAAGCCGGUGAGACCGCUUCGUACCCGGGAGAUUGGCUUUACGACUCUUGGUCCGAAUCCGACCUGAAGGAGUGGCUAGACACCCAUGGGGUUCCUGCUCCUCAAAUCACUGACCGUAACCGACUGAUUUCCAUGGUUCGCCGCAACUCCCGCCUUGCUUAUCUGAAACUGCAAGAGCAGAAAGAGUCUGCUUCCGCUAGUGCUAAUUCCGCCUACGAUGCUCUCACUGAUAAGCUUAUUGAUGCUUGGAGCGAGUCUCAACUAAAGGAGUUCUGUGACAAGAACGGAGUCAAUGUUCCUCAAGGCAGCAAGACCAAUGAGCUGCGUGCACUUGUUCGGAAACACCGCGCUGCUAUCCUCGGUGACAACGUAUCCGCAUCCGCUUCAAGCGCUUUCGGUGCCGCUACUAGUAAAGCUGGUAACCAGUACGCCAAGGCCACCAACGAUGCCAGCCUUGCCGCUCAGGAUGCUUUCAACAAGGCAGUUGAUGUCUGGUCUUUGAGCCGACUGAAGGCUUAUCUGGAUGCUCGCGGAGUUCCUGUCCCCCAGGGGUCGAAGAUUGAUGAGCUCCGCGCCUUAGUGCGGCGCAACGCCCACAAGGCUGCCCACCCCUUCAGCGCUUGGACUUGGGACGACCUAUCUUACGACAACCUGAAGAAGUACCUAGCCGGUAGUGGCAACGCGGCCGCGGCGAAGGUUGGCGAGAGCAGCUCCGCUACCCGAGACGAACUCGUAGACGCCGCUCAAUCGGCUUACGCGUCUGCUUCAAGCGCCGGCGGCAUCUCGUACGCCUCUGCGACAAGCUAUUUGGCUCAGGCUACUGAUUCGGCUAAGAAGAGCACUUUCGACACAUGGAGCGAGAGCGAGUUAAAGGCGUACCUAGACAGCUAUGGCGUGCCCGUUCCCCAGGGCUCCACCCUCAACGAGCUCCGCGCCGAGGCGCGCAAGCAAUCGACGUACUUCAAGUACGGUACCUCUAACCCGGCUAGCACCGCGUUCGCCAAGAUUGGCGAGAGUGUCAAGAACGCGUACCAAUGGGUCGUGGGACAACUGGGUGCCGGUUCCGAGGCCGCGAAGAAGAAGGCUGGUGAGGUAAAGGAGGAGCUAUGAUCAUAUCAUCGCGCUCAAAUACCUUUUAUAUUAAGUAAGAUUGGGGAAGGGAUGGAUGGAUGAAAUUCUAAAUGAUGUCGAGAUGCGAGAAGGAUUGUAUGAGGUGCGUAGCCGUUGGAUGGGAAAGACGAGCACGCGAAGAUGAUAAAAUAUGGAUCGAUUUGGCGUAACGAAAGCUAAAGCAAGGUGUAUUGUUCUAUGGGCUCCUUUCAUCACGGUUUGGGUAGGGUCAUGAUAUUGGCUAUUACGAUUUCUAGGAUCACCCCCUAUUUUUGAGGGCUCCUAUUAGCAACCGAGUUAACACUGGCAUUUGUCUAUGUUAGAUGAUGAAGUACUGUAGUUGAGAUUGUGAGAUUAGUUUUAUUACUAUGUUGCUAUGAAUUGGUGUCUUUUGUAUUGCCUUAUGUCUUUCACUUUCUAACUUGGUGAGGUUAUCUUUAUUCCAAUGAGUAUAGGUACAAAUUGA